AUGAUCAAUCAAGUUGUCACGAUAGAGGAUUGGAGAACUGCACAGGCCGGCACCGGAGGCCUUGCACGUUUACAAAGCCUGGCCGAAGAUGAGCGUCGAUUGAACAGCUGCGCAUGGAUUGCCGUCGCCACUGAGGACCAGAUUUUUACGCAGUGGAAUGAGCUUCAAGCUCUGAAUCGUACCGACUUGCCUCUCUGGGGCGUUCCCUUUGCCGUCAAGGACAACAUUGACGUCGCCGGCUUCCCCACGACAGCGGCUUGUCCGGCCUUCAGCAGGUCCCCUGCGGAGCGCGAUGCCCAGGUGGUGGCCCAUCUCAAAGCCGCCGGUGCCAUCGUGAUUGGCAAGACAAAUCUUGACCAGUUCGCAACCGGUCUUGUCGGCACGCGAUCACCAUAUGGUGCCGUGCCAAACACGUUCGACCCGUCCCGAGUCAGCGGAGGAUCAAGCUCAGGUAGCGGCACCGUUGUUGGACGGGGAGUCGUGCCGUUUGCCCUCGGCACCGACACGGCUGGGUCGGGGAGGGUUCCAGCCGGCUUCAACAACGUUCUCGGCUUGAAGCCAACGCCCGGCGCCCUCAGCACGACUGGUGUCGUCCCGGCUUGUCGCACGCUAGACUGCGUGUCCAUCUUUGCGCUGACGGUUGCCGAUGCAUCUCUCGUGCUGAGUGUCGCCGAAGGUCUGGACCUCGACGAUGCAUACUCGAAGAAGAGACCUGAAAAGGCAGCCACGGUCCCGCGACAACGCCCGACGGUGGCGAUCUGCUCCAACCCGCCGUGGUUCGGCGACGACAAGCAGCAAGACGCAUACUCAACGGCCCUGGACGGCAUGAGAGCACAGGACUGGCAACUCACACCGACGGACUUUGGCUUGCUCUUUGCCCUUGCGCGAUUGCUUUACGAAGGGCCGUGGGUGGCUGAGCGAUACCAGGCAAUCCGCGACUUUAUCGAGUCGGCCGAGCCGGAGAUGAUGGACCCUACCGUUCGGAGCAUUAUUUUGAAGGCUCGCAACUUCAGUGCCGCGGAUACUUUCGCUGCGGAAUAUAAGCGCCAGGAGCUGGUUCGGGCAAUAGAGACUGCUUUUGAAAGCUACGACUUCCUCCUCGUCCCGACGACGCCAACGUUCCCAACCCACGCAGACAUUGCUCGGGAUCCGGUCGGCGCCAACUCCAACCUUGGCACGUACACCAACUUUGUCAACUUUCUGGGCUGGAGUGCGCUCUCUAUUCCUGCCGGGUUCAGGACGGACGGCCUGCCUUUUGGUCUCACGCUCAUUGCCAAACCUUGGCAAGAGUUUGCCCUCCUGCAAUGGGCCACGCAGUUCCUGAGCCGCGCCCCGAGGCUGCUGGGUGCGACGAAAGUCGAGUUUCAGGAGCCUCGGCAGCUUGCAACGGGCUCACAGGCCGAUGGGACUGCGCAACCGCCCAAUCUCGUGUCUAUUGCAGUCGUCGGGGCUCACCUAUCUGGACUACCGUUGAACAAGGACCUGACAACCCGGCAAGGCAUUCUGAAGGUGACGACCAGGACUUCUGCCAAUUAUCGCUUCUUUGCACUGCCACCUCAGAACGGCAUAAGGAAGCCUGGCCUCAAACGCGUCUCUCUAGAGGAGCAAGGGGAGAAGAUCGAAGCGGAGGUGUGGGCACUGCCCUCGGAGAAUCUGGCAAGCUUUAUAGCGACGAUUCCUCAUCCGCUCGGGAUCGGAUCGGUUGAGUUGGAAGACGGCUCCUGGUCUCUUGGAUUUAUCUGCGAGCCGGUAGGACUCGCCGACGCACAGGAUAUUACAUCCUACGGGGGUUGGAGAUGUUUCUUGGCGGAUCAGUCCGGGUUGACCACCAAGAACGAUGUCGUGGAGCUUGACCAACAUACCCACAGCCUUUACACAACAGAUGAGACUUAUACCACGAGUGGCUCCGGAACCCCGGAUGACUGUCAGAGCACGGAUGGCUCUGAUACCACGAUUAGCUCAAGAGUGCACAAGCCCAUUGGCAAAGUGUUGAUUGCCAACCGUGGUGAAAUCGCCCUACGAAUCAUCAAGACCCUCCGACGAAUGAAAAUCGCCACCGUCUCCGUCUAUUCCGAUGCAGACAUCAAGGCCCCUCAUGUGAAAGAAGCCGACGAGGCCCUUGCGCUCGGAGGAGGCGCUGUCAGCAAUACCUACUUGAACGGCUCAAAGAUUGUCGAGUGCGCAUUGUCAGUCGGAGCCGAUGCCGUCAUCCCCGGCUAUGGAUUCCUAUCUGAAAACGCUGAAUUUGCUCAUGCCGUGGAGCACGCCGGCCUGGUAUGGAUCGGCCCGACCCCGGAGCAGAUGCGCACGCUCGGGUUGAAGCACGAAGCCCGUGACGUUGCGCUGCGUGCUGGAGUACCCGUCGUCCCCGGAAGCGGCAGGAUCCUGUCUUCCGUCGAGGACGCCGUCGCUUCGGCGGAAGAGCUGGGCUAUCCCAUCAUGCUCAAAAGCACGGCCGGCGGCGGCGGCAUCGGCAUCAAGCGAUGCGACAACGUGGACAUGAUCAAGGAAGGGUUUGAAUCCGUCAGGCAACUGUCCGAGAAGAACUUUGGAAACAGCGGCAUCUUUCUCGAGCGCUUUGUAUGCCGCGCCCGACAUAUCGAAGUGCAGGUCAUUGGGGAUGGCGCCGGCAACGUCGUGACGAUCGGCGAGCGCGACUGCUCGCUGCAGAGACGUCACCAGAAGCUUCUCGAGGAGUCGCCAGCGUUCAACUUGCCCGAUGAUGUGCGCGCGAGGUUAUUAGCAGCUGCCCAUGAUUUGGCAGCGGCUGUCAAGUACCGCAAUGUUGGCACGGUCGAGUUCAUCUAUGACAGCGACACGCACGACUUUUACUUUCUCGAGGUCAACACGCGCUUGCAAGUCGAGCAUCCCGUCACCGAGUCCGUCUCUGGCCUUGACCUUGUCGAAUGCAUGAUACAGGUGGCCAGCGGGGAAGGCUUGACCGAUCUCUUCUCCAAGAGCCAGCAUCUUUUCUCCAAGAGCCAAAGUUUUGCGCACCCAAUCUCUGGCGCCUCUGUUGAAGCUCGCAUCUACGCUGAAAGUCCGUUGCAGCAUUUCCGUCCCUCCACGGGUACCAUUCUGGAUCUGCAAUUCCCCUCCAACGCGAGGGUCGAUACUUGGGUAUCAAAGGGAACGGAAAUUACUUCUCUCUAUGACCCCAUGAUUGCCAAGGUCAUCGUCAAUGGUCGGGAUAGAGCGGAGGCAGUGCAGAAGCUGGCCAAUGCCCUGACGGAGACCCGAAUCGUCGGUGUUGAAACAAACAUAGAUUAUCUUCAUCAUCUCCUGACAAGGGAGUGGUUUAUUUCAGGCCAAUACGCCACCAACACACUCGAAACGGUUGACUAUACUUGUUCCGCGGUGGAAGUUGUCGAAGCCGGCCCGAGCUCUACCAUUCAGGACUAUCCCGGGCGUCUGGGUCUCUGGCAUGCCGGUAUACCCCCCUCGGGACCAAUCGACGAUUAUUCCGCAAGGCUGGCAAAUUAUGCCGUUGGAAACACUGAAGAAGCACCAGUACUCGAGGCUACAUUUGAUGGACCAACGAUGCUCUUCCACGCAGACACGGUCGUGGCGGUCACCGGCGCAACAGGCCAGAUCCAAAUCAAUGACAAGAUGGCAGCCAUGAAUGAACCACUCCGUGUGAGCAAGAAUGAUGUUCUGAAAGUUGGUAGAGCAGUCACCGGCUAUCGAUUCUACAUUGCUGUGCUCGGUGGCUUCCAUGUACCAUCGGUUCUUGGCAGUCGCUCUACCUUUGAGCUGGGCAAGUUCGGUGGCCAUAAUGGACGCAAACUGCAAAAAGGCGACAUCAUCAGACUUGGGCAAUUCAUCGAUAGCCAGGCCACAGCAAAAAGUAUCUCCCCGGCUCUGAUCCCGAGCGGAACUUCGCCCCUCUGGAACAUUGGCGUCGUGCCAGGCCCCCACGGUUCGCCUGAUUACUUCACUCCAGACGGGGUUUCGACACUGUUCAACGACACCUGGUCUGUCCAUCACAACAUAAACAGGCUGGGCAUUCGACUCUCCGGUCCCUUGCCAAAGUGGGCACGCGAGAAUGGCGGUGAGGCCGGGCUGCAUCCGUCCAACAUCCAUGAUGCGCCGUACUCCAUCGGCAGCGUGAGCUUCACUGGCGACGAGGCGAUAAUACUUGCCUGUGACGGCCCGAGUCUCGGCGGAUUCGUCGUGUUUUGCGUCGUGGCCAGCUCUGAACUGUGGAAGCUGGGCCAGCUAAAGCCGGGCGACCGGGUCAAGUUUGAACCCAUGAGUGCUGCACAAGCUGCCAGUUUGGCGACACAAACAGAGCAGAAACUCGUGGAAUCGACAAACGGGAUCGAAAUCCGCAAGACGAAUGGCGAAAAUGCUAUCAACAGCAUGAGCAGCGCACAUGGUACGGACGUCGUCACGAAUGGCAUAGACCUGACUGCUUCACCAGUUUUCGGGUCAUUUCGUCGUGGAGAGACAACCGUGUCCGUCCGGCAAGCUGGCGACCACUGCAUGCUGCUCGAGUUUGGCGAGGUGGACGGCUUCGACCUCGCUCAAAGCUUCACCAUAUGGGGCUUCGUUGAGCAGCACAACAAGGUGCCCAUCCUUGGAGUAGAGCAGCUUUCCCCUGGAGUCCGAACCCUGCACGUCGACUAUGAGAAGGGCGUCUCACCGAAAACUAUCUUCGACCGACUCGAGUCGCAUCUUUUCGAGGUACCUCGUCAGCUGCUGUCGCGCAAGUUCCGCCUCCCUCUCGCGGUCGACGACUUGCUGUGCCAAGAGGCCGUGCAGCGCUACGCGGCCACGAUCAGAUCCGACGCUCCGUUGUUGCCGAGCAACAUCAAGUUCCUGGAGCAGCUCAACGAGCUGGAGGAAGGAUCUGUCGAGAGACUGAUGUAUGAAGCUGAGUUCCUGGUGCUCGGCCUGGGCGACGUCUUCCUCGGCAGCCCGUGCGCGGUGCCGAUGGACCCGAGGCAUCGCCUCUACGGGACCAAGUACAACCCGUCCCGGAGCACGACACCGCGCGGGGCGGUGGGAAUCGGCGGCCAGUACAUGUGCAUCUACGGCGGCACGAGCCCUGGCGGCUAUCAGCUGGUCGGACGCACCAUCGACGUGUGGGACAACACGGCACUGCAGCACACCGCUGAGAAGCUCCCAAGACCCAACGAGUCGCUGGACGAGCUGUGCAAGUUUCGUAUGUUUGACCGGAUCUCCUUUUAUCCGGUGCCCGAGUCUCAGCUCGACCAGCUGGACGCGGAGACGAUGGUGUUCAUGGAAGAAGACGUGCUAUCUCUGGACGAGUACCAGGCCUGGCUGCUGGAGAACGAAAGCUCGAUCGACAAGACGAGCGCGAGCCGCAAGGCAGCGUUCCAGAACACGCGCUUUCUGGAGCAGCUGUUGCAGCCACCCCCCAAGGCGGGGGCGACGCCUGCGGACGACUCGGCGAGCCGAACGGCGGUGGUGGAUGGCGUUCUGGUUGUUGCGGAGAUGCAUGGUCGCUGCUUCAGGGUAGGUGUCAAGGAGGGAGACGAGGUGAAGGCGGGCGAUGCGGUGAUAUGGAUAGAGAGCAACAAGAUGGAGAUUGCAAUUGCAAGCCCGGCCACAGGAACGGUGGCCUUGGUUGAAAAGACCGAGGGUAACAUGGUGGAGCCUGGCGAUGUGCUGGUGGUGAUAUCUUGA